GAUAGCACUUGGGAAAAUUUUAGUCAUUUUUGUUGCGGAGAUGAACUGGGGCGAGUUCGCCGACAUGAACUGAGGACGAACUCAUUUAUACUCGCGCCUUUUAUAGGGGUCCACAUUGUUGUUGGUCAACAGCGUAUGACCAACUCAUUGUACAGUCGAUACUGAGUGGUCAAUUCCAUAUCUCGAUAUUUUUGUCUAGUUUCAGCAUCAGACAUUUUAGAGUAAGUAUAGGACAAAGCGUAUCAAAAUGCAAGUUAUUAGCAUAGAAAAUGAAGCAUUACGCGAUUUGAUGAAAUAUGGGAGCGUAUUACUGCUGAAAAUGAUUUGUAUGUCCAUACUGACCUCCGCAUAUAGAGCCGUAUAUCAGUCUUUCCCCGUGGAAGAGGAUGCCAAGGCAGUUGCUGGUGAAGAUAAAGAGAUGCAAAGGAAGUUAUUGGUAAAGAACCCUAACGUAGAAAGGAUACGUCUCGCGCAUUUGAACGACUUGGAAAAUAUCGUGCCGUUUUUUAUCAUUUCAAUGCUGUAUAUUGCUUCUGAACCAAGUCCUCAAACAGCGAAGUUAUUAUUCCAGAUAUUCGUGGGAAGUCGUUUUGCUCAUACUGUAAUCUACCUGAACGGAGUUCGCCAACCACUUCGUGGAAUGGCCUUUACUGUUGGUUUUCUUGUAAAUUUUUACAUGGCUAUUCAAGUGCUGUUAGUGUCAGCUUGGUUGUAGAUUUUUAAACUCCAUAAUAAAAACUUGAAAUCGUG